UGGAGGAGGGUCAAGAGGUGCUGAAGCCGAAGCAGGGCAGAUGGGGAGCAGGAGGCGGAGAUUUGGAUCGGAGAAGGGAGGGAGGUCAGGGCAGGAGGUAAACUAGCCUAGAUCUGACUCACGUUGUAAGAUCGCCCUCUGGCGGUGCAGUAGGAGAACGGACAGAGAGAUGGGGCCGGUCCACCUUUGCCUCUACCCUCUUGCCCUUUACUGCGUUCACAGAAAGUGUGGAAGCCUGAGCUGGGCCGACCUCAGCCAAUCAGACGUAGCCUCUCCUUUUCCAGCCUCUAGUCCCCAUGAACAGAAUGGGGACAAUAUACUCCUAGACCCUUCUGAGUGCCUCCCGCGCCCCCGUCCCCCACCCCCCAUGCAGAUUGGCGUUGUGCACGGAUGUGAUUCCCAUUAAGCCCUAUGGGGCAGGAGCUAUUGCCCUCACCACUUCACAGAAAGGGAAACCGAGGCUCAGAGAACAAUGGAGGAGCAGGACUGGAACCCAGGACUCCCAGGUCUAGCCUGGGCCGGUCCCUGACUGGGGUCUAGCCCCUCCCAAUGAACUCCAGUAGAAGCCACGAACUGGGUGGAGUGGACCGUGGGUGUCCCUGGCACCCCAAGGUGCCAAUUAAAUGCUCAUGGCCAUCCGGAGCCAGAGCUGUGGACAGCAGCAUGGCUGAACAGGGGCUGGAGCCGGUGCCGGAGCCGGAGCCGGGAUGUGCGUGGCGGCUGCUCGCUUUGUGCGGGGCUGCCGUGUUCCUGGCAGCAGCUGCAGCCGGUGGGGCCCUGCUGGCCUGGAAUCUGGCCUCCUCGACCUCCCGGAGGUCUCGCUGCCCAGAGCCAGCAGGGACCAAUGCCACGGCGUGGCCCGGGAACCCAGCGCCUGAGGUCAAGGAGCUGCAGCAACGGCUGGCAGAGGCUGCCCAACGUGAAGAAGCCCUGGCCAGGCAGCUGGGCCAGGCUGAGGGUAUCCGUGGGGAGCUGGAGGAGGCUCUAAGGGCCUGUGAGGGCCGCCAGAGCCGGCUUCAGACCCAGCUAAUGACACUGAAGGCUGAGAUGGACGAGGUCAAGGCACAGGGGACCCAGAUGGGGGCUGAGAACGGGGCGCUGACAGAAGACCUAGCGUACUGGCAGACGGUGGCCACGGAGUCUGCGCGGCGGCUGAACGAGGAGCAGCAGCGCGCACGCGCAGCCAAGGCCGAGGGCAAAGCCUGCGCUGACCGGGAGGCGGCGCUGUUCGGGCGCAUUAAAGCCCUGGAAGCCGAGCUGGACACCCAGCGCAGAGUGCCGCACCUCCGGCCCCGCUCCGGGUCCCGACCCCGGCCCAGUCCCCCUUCGCGCUCUCGCCUCGGGCCUUCGCGGGGCUGCCGGCGGCCGGCGCGGCGCUCAUGAGAGUGAGUCAGCCCAGAAGGACGGGCGCAGGAAGACAGACACUGUAGGGAUCCUUCUGGGACACGUAUAGAGGUACUCAUGCUGCAUGAAACGCCCAGUCGACAGCCGUCAACGCUCAGCUGUCGACCCAGGAGUCGCUCUAAAUAGAAACUGUUCAGAAAGGAAACUUGACCCUCUCUCCCGGACUAGUGCUUAUUCUGCAGAUGGGAAUGCUGAGGCUCACUCGUCGCCCUCAUCCCACAGACAUGAGGACUUUAAGGGUCCAACAUUGGCUCAGGAGUGACUUGAAAGAAUUUCUCCUCCCUGGGCCUCAGUUUACCUUGUCUGUCAACAUUAAAUCAUGUUUAAAGAGCUGGCCUAGCCUUGACACCAGAACCUGACAAAGAUGGCACAAUGGGAAAAGUACAAACCCGUUUUCCCAUGAAGACAGUAAGAAACUCCUAAGUGGAAUUUUAACAAAGAAAACCAAACAUUUUAAAAAUACACCACAAGAAAGGGGACUUAUAACAGAGAUGUAGGAAUAGUUGAAUAUUUGGAAGUGUGUUAAUAAAAUUGACGACCAUACUAAUGGAUCAAAUUAGAAAAAUUCAAAAAAGGCCAUCAAAAUCAGGGCCAAUGUGAGGAUGACCACUGUCAAGUUUUUCAAAUUGUUCUGGAGGUACUAGCCAAUGCAGUUAGACACCACAAAGAAAUAACAGUUAAAGUAAAUAUUGGAAGAGAAAGAAUGUGUACAAUGAAUCAUAUGAAAACACAACAUAAAAAAUAAUAGAAAUCUCGACAAUA